UGUUAUGCAAUCAAAUCAGUGAAGGUCGAUGACGAAAAUUGUUUCCAAAAUUAAGACGAUCGAUUCAUGUACCAGUCAAUAAAGACAAUAAAAAGUUUCCAUGAAUAUUAUUCAACAAAAUAUGAUAAUUGAGAUGAUUAAAAGUGAUGAACAUCCAAUGAUGAUCAAUAUCGACGAUUAUCAUUGAUAAAAAUUCAGAACCAAUGAAGUUUUCUUAUAAAAUUAAUACCAUCCAAUCAGAAAGGAAAUUAAAUUGCGCAUGAGAAGAAUCAAAUUUAUCUUCAGAAGAGCAACAAAAAAUGUCGAGCAUCAUUUUUGUCCUUUACUCUUCCUCAUCCCAGUUAUCGUCACAAUCAUCAUCCUUCUCAUCAUCUUCCGUUUUUUUCUCAUCUCUUCUCGAGUAUCUCAAACUUUUCGAAUAAAAAAAAACAAUAACAAAACCUUAUCCACUUUAGAAAAACAUUCGAGUCUCAUCACCUCUUCAUCUCUCUCAUCAUAAUCAUUUCGAUUCACCAUCGGUGUUGAUCUUCGAGUUGUUUGAGUUUCAGUGAACCUGAAAACUUUUGUUUUGUUCGUGAAUGAAAAUUAAAAGUCCAGAAAAACGAUGAAAUUGAAUCGCAUCGAAAGAAACGACUCUUUGCGUCUUAAUUGUUGUUCUUUUACUAUUCUAAUCUAAUAUCGGUGCGAAUUGACAAUACAAUCAAUAUUUCGCAAUUAAUGUGUUCCAAUGGGUAAAAAGAUUGGUGGAUCGGUAAAAAGUGAAAUAACCGUAAAGAGUUUGGAGGUUUGUAGUUCGUGUUCACUUCCUAUCGAAGAUCGUUACAUAAUGAGAGUCAUGGACCAUUCGUGGCACGAAAAUUGUCUCAUCUGUUCCGUCUGUGGUACUAUUUUAACGCAAACGUGUUAUUCCCGUGAUUUUAAGCUCUAUUGUAAACCCGAUUAUGAUAAAUUGUAUGGUGCCAAAUGUACAGGAUGUUGUGAAAAAAUAUCUUCAAGUGAAAUGGUUAUGAGAGCUUUGGAUUCAAUAUUUCACCUUGAUUGUUUCACUUGCGUUGAUUGUGGUAAACAAUUAAAAAAAGGAGAUCAAUAUGUAUUCAGAUCGGGUAGAUUAUUUUGUCGGCCUGAUUUCGAGAAAGAAUUAGCAAUUCUUCAAAUGUCCACACAAACAAGUGAAAAUGCUGUUGUGCCAAAUAAUAAUCAAAAUAGUCCAAUACCAAGCGGUCAAGGGAUUCUUCAAACGGUUUCUGGAUCGACAACGACAACUACAGUGUCCACUACGAAUUUAGUUAAUCAACGAACUGAGAGUCGACAUGAAGGACGACAUGAUGGUAGACACGAUGGACGCCGAGGACCUAAAAGGCCUCGAACCAUAUUAACUACAGCUCAACGUCGAGCCUUUAAAGCCUCAUUCGAAGUUAGUCAAAAGCCUUGUCGAAAAGUUCGAGAAUCGCUUGCUAAGGAAACAGGAUUAAGUGUACGAAUAGUCCAAGUUUGGUUUCAAAAUCAGAGAGCAAAAUUGAAAAAAAUUCAACGUAAACAGCAACAAUUAGCAUCACAAUCACACCAACAAUCACACAAUGGUGAAGGAGAUAAAUCGUCUCUCGAUAAGAUGUCACCUUAUUCAAGAUUAGGACAUUCAGGCUCUGGUCAUUUAACUGAUUCCUCAUCCAUCGAUUCACCAUCAACCUUUUCAGUAGCACCAAUUCAAUACUUAUCACAUAGUCCUGAUGAUGACUCUUAUUAUUCACCUCACGGAGAAGGCUAUUCAAAGGGAGAUCUCGGGAUGGACAGUGAUGCGAGUUUAGGUGGAUUAGAUGAUGUCUUACAUGGAAAUGGAGCAAAUAGUAAUGGAGGUGAUGAGAGUCUCUCUUCAUCACAUCACCCAAUUCACCCUCACCCUCUUUCUCAAGCACAACUUAUUUCUAAUCAUCCACAUCACCAUCACCACCAUCAUCAUCACAACUCUCAUCAGGGAUCAUCAUCUUCAAUGGAUAAUAAUAGUAAUAAUAACAAUAAUGGAAAUAGUUUAUUCGGCUCAUCAAUGACUCCCAUUGACAGACUAUGUUCAAUGUCAAAUUCGUAUUUCAAUUCAUCAACUGAAUGUGAAUGCCUUGGACCAACUAACUAGGAAAAGGAUAAAAUCAUUUGCAUUGAGAUUAACGACAAUUCAGAUCAAUGUUUACCUGUUGCAAUCUUCUCAACGAGUGACCACGCAAAUACUUUUGACCACACAAAUUGAAGCUUCAAACAAAACUGGAAAGUUGCUCAGUAACUAAUUUUGUAAAAAUAAUAUAAUUGAACAAUUAAAAUCUUAAUUAGUAAGACUAAAAAGAUUCGAGUUUGAUUUGAGAAAGAAAACUUUUUUCCUACUUCGAUAUGACACCAAUAUGAGAGAAAGAGAGAGAGAGAGUUGAUAAAACUUGGAAGAUUUAAUUUAAUUCAAUGAACAUCAUCUUAUCAUCAUUAUCAUCUUCUUCAUCUCUAUCAUCAUUAUCUUGAUUGUCAUCUAAACAAGAGACACAUUCACUAUAACUUCCGGGGCAAGUUAACGAUUCAAGAAAGAACCUGGAUUAUGAUCAUCAUCCAUCAUCAUCAUAACCCCAUGUUGAUGUAAUUCAGAUCACUUCUCAUCAUCAGCAUCAUCUUUUAUCAUCAUCUCAUCAUUCUCACUUUCUUUCUCAUCCUAUUUUCUGAAACUUUUUUUCUUCCCACUAUCAACUAUCAUCACCAUCUUCAUCCCCUUACAAUGUUUAUAGGAUCAUGAUAAUAUUUUCAUGAUCAUCAUGAUCAUGAUCAUCUUCAUCUUCAUCAUCUCAAAGUUUCUACUUAUCCCGCUGAGGAGAAACCUGAUCAAUUCCGUUAACACCAUGAUGAUGAUCAACCAUCAUCACCAUCACCAAGAUUCAAGGCAAACUAUCAACAAUGAGAUUUAAAUUCAUUUAUAAGAUGGAUAUAAAAAAAGUUCAGCCUGAUCGAUAAAAUUGAAUCAAGUUUCCAAGACAAUUAAAUCAGAACUAAUUUAAAAUUUAACUGUGUAAAUUGUAUCCUUGUAUUUAUAUAUAAAAUCUUGAUUUUGCUGACAAACAAAACUUGAUCAAAUUGGACAGUUAAAUUAAUCAUAAUCCUUAAUCAUUGAUAUCAAAACAAUUUGUAAAUAAUUUUGUUUAUUAACAAUUACAAUACAAUAUAUAUAAACAAACAUAAAAUUAACUGAAUUAACUUUCAUCUCAAUUAUGUAUCAC